CUCAAAUGUCUUGUGCACAUGAGUGAGAGCAACACUGCUGCACUUACAAGGAAUCCCGAAGAAUGGAAUCAGAGAUGACCAACAUUCUGGGUUACAUCCAUCCUUGCUAUGUAUUAGAUAAUACAUCUUACACAUUUACAAGUAAUCCUUCGAAGAUAUGUGUUGCACUUUAUGUUUUUCUUGGCUUAUUAUCUAUUUGUACAAUAUGCGGAAACCUCCUUGUAGUCAUCACUAUUAUUUACUUCAAACAGCUCCACAUGCCAACAAACUAUCUCAUUCUGUCUUUAGCUGUGGCCGAUUUGUUUGUCGGAAUUUUGGUGUUUCCUUUCAGUAUGGCCUUCACUGUCUUCUCCUGUUGGCAUCAUGAAGGGCUGUUUUGUAAAAUACGAGGUUGUUUUGAUGUCACACUGAGCACAGCUUCAAUUUUAAACCUCUGUUGUAUUUCCAUUGACAGAUAUUACGCCGUGUGCCAGCCUCUGACCUACAAAAGUAAAAUAAAUUAUCGUGUUAUCGGCAUCAUGAUAUUGGUAAGCUGGGGUGUUUCUGCACUAAUAGGAAUUGGAAUAACAGUAGCAGGAUUUAAUCAAGGGAAAUGUGAAGAGAGAUGUUUCAUUGAUGCACUAAUUUCGACCACUGUGGCAUGUAUAUUUUCCUUUUAUAUCCCAGUUAUCAUUAUGCUUAGUAUCUACUUGAGGAUUUUCCUUGUUGCACAGAGACAAGUACGCAGCAUCCAGAGUACAUGUCAGAGUACAAUGUCACGAGCAACUGUCAGUAAGAUGGAGACAAAAGCUACCAAAACUCUAGCAAUUGUUAUGGGAAUUUUUAUUUUAUGUUGGACACCAUACUUCAUUUGCAUCAUCUUUCAGCCUUUAACAUUUGAUGUUACUCCAAUCGCCGUGAUUGAAACACUAAAUUGGCUUGCACUUUCUAAUUCAAUGCUGAAUCCUUUGAUUUAUGCUUUCUUUUAUAGCUGGUUCAGGGCGGCUUUUAGAUUGAUCAUUACUGGAAAAAUAUUUCAAGGCGAUUUUACUAAGACAAAACUCUUUGAUUUUUUUUCAUAGUUAUUUGGAUAUUUUUGUCAUUCUCAAUGAAUGUUUAAAUGUGAAGAAAGAGGCUUCAUGGAUGCACAAAUUUUGACCACUCCGGCAUCUACAUUUUUAUUUUAUAUCCCAGUUAACAUGCUUAGUAUUUACACAGAGAGAUGUACACUGCAUACAGAGAACACCAUGUAAGCGUACAACAUCAGGAUCAACUGUCAAUAAGAUGGAGACAAAAGUCACCAAAACUUGCUAUUGUUUUGGGAGUUUUUAUUUUAUGUUGGACAUCAUACUUCAUUUGUAUCAGCUUCCAGCUGCCCUCUGAUGAAGAAACCAUCUGCCUCGACCAGUUGAGUUGAUGUCGAGUGAUAAGAGAGCGGGGACAGAGGGCAGAGGGAGAGACAGAAAAGAUGGAUGGAUCGCAGCAGGAGUAAGGAAGAAUGUGUACUGGCUGAUGGGAAAGGUUUGUGUAUGGCGGCUGCAUGUCUGUAAAUGUCAUUUGUUUUUUUAAUGGGGAGUCUGUUUUUCAACAGUUCAUUGGAAUGUCUAUUUUUACUCAAAUGUACUGGAGAGCUGAAAUCUUACAGUUUUCUUUUCAUGUCGUAACCUCUUUUUGUUGUUGUUAUUGUUUGUGUAAUGCAGUUGCUGAAUAUUUAAAUUAUUAUUCAUUAUACUUAUAAUGUGUCAAGAGAAAAUCCAAUGUACACUCUGCUGUGUAUUUUGUGUUGGUUGGUGUUAUGUUUUGUGUCUUACAUUUGUAAAGCACCCUCUAACCACACCUACCGAAAUCACAUCUAGCCUACUACAUGUCCACUAUACAUACAGUAUGCACCAUACUUUUUUACCAACAUUUAUUUAUUUAUGAAUAUGCCUGUUCUAACUCCAAUCAUAGUAAAAAUGCAGGAAGGUGGAGAGAAAUCCACCAAAAGUCUUCUUUUCUUAGAUGAUGGUUCCUAUUGUACCUGACUCCUUGCCUUUUUUUUUUUUUCAACCAUUGUUCCACUACCCUUCGUUAGUUACUGUUAUUAAAGCAUUAUUUCUAGUGUGCUUUGAAAAUGAUG